AUGUGGAGAAGCUUAGUUAAACAAGCUUCCUACAACACACAGAAGUUUAAAGUUGUCCCAAAAUCAUAUGCUUCAUCGCUUCCUUCAUGUUCGUCUACAGAGUCUUGUGAGGGUCCUGCUUUUAUCUAUAAAUCCAGACCUUCCAAGGUCAUAAGCGAUGGUUUGUAUUGGUCCCCGGUUCUGGGUUUUCGAGCAAAAGGUGUAUUCUCUUCGCAAAAGGAUGGCGUGGGCAGAUUCGGUUUCUCUCAACCAGGUAAACCUUUAAGCUGUUCUGGGAAAUUCUGGAGUUUGAAAGGGUAUGCAAGUUCUGCUGAGGCUAUUGUUUCUAAUGAUGAGGACCUUUCGGGGUCUGAAGAAAUCAAUGAAUUAGUGGAGGCAAUAAUCAAAGAAGAGAAAAGCCAGUGUUUUCCGAAGCAACCGAAAACGAUGGUAGGAGGAAUGGGGGUGGGAAAGUACAAUACGUUGAAGAGGAGGCAGAUAAAGAUUGAGACCGAGGCAUGGGAAGAGGCGGCUAAAGAGUAUCAAGAAUUACUAGCGGAUAUGUGUGAGCAAAAGCUUGCUCCGAAUUUGCCUUAUGUUAAGUCAUUGUUUCUCGGUUGGUUUGAGCCUUUGAGAGAUGCUAUUGCUGCUGAGCAAGAUGCGUGCAAGGGGAAUUUGAGGAUAAGCCAUGCUGCUUAUUUUAAUCAGUUGUCUGCCGAUAUGAUGGCGGUUGUUACCAUGCACAAAUUAAUGGGGUUAUUGAUGACUAGUACUGGUGGAACUGGGGGCAUUAAAGUCGUCCAAGCUGCUUGCCAGAUUGGUGAAGCCAUUGAACAUGAGGCCAGGAUACAGAAGUUCUUGGAGAAGACUAACAAAAAAAAAGGCUCUGAAUCUGAACCUGAGACCAAUGAACAAGAUAAACUGACUAAAAACCAGGAAAAGGUGAGGAAAAAGGUGACUCAUUUGAUGAAAAAGCAAAAGGUGCAUCAGGUAAGGGAAAUAGUGAAGGGGCAUGAUAGUUCAAAGCCUUGGGGUCAGGAGGCACAUGUUAAGGUUGGCUGCCGUCUGAUUCAGUUAUUGAUGGAAAAUGCCUACAUACAACCACCAGUUGAUCACUUAGGAGAUGCCCCACCCGAUAUUCGUCCUGCAUUUGUACAUGUUCUAAAAACUGUCGGCAAAGAUGGAAACAAAGGCAGUAGAAGAUAUGGUGUCAUUGAAUGUGAUCCAUUAGUUCACAAAGGACUUGAGAAAACUGCUAAACACAUGGUCAUUCCUUAUAUGCCGAUGUUAGUACCUCCUAAAAACUGGACAGGGUAUGACCAAGGUGCAUAUUUGUUUUUACCAUCUUAUGUCAUGCGGACACAUGGAGCAAAACAACAGCGUGUAACUGUUAAAAGAACACCAAAGCAACAAUUAGAGCCUGUUUUUGAGGCUCUGGAUACACUAGGGAAUACCAAAUGGAGGAUAAAUAAAAGGGUUCUCGGUGUAGUGGACAGAAUAUGGUCUAAUGGAGGCCGUAUCGCAGACUUGGUUGACCGUGAAGAUGUUCCUCUGCCUGAGGAGCCUGAUACAGAAGAUGAAGCAGAAAUUCGGAAAUGGAAGUGGAAGGUACGGGCUGUUAAAAAGCAGAACGAUGAAAGGCAUUCACAGCGGUGUGAUAUUGAACUUAAACUUGCUGUGGCUCGAAAGAUGAAAGAUGAGGCUGGCUUUUACUACCCGCACAACCUUGAUUUUCGAGGCCGGGCAUAUCCUAUGCAUCCAUAUCUAAAUCAUCUUGGCUCUGAUCUAUGUCGAGGUGUGUUGGAGUUUGCUGAGGGACGCCUCCUUGGGAAGUCAGGCUUACGUUGGCUGAAGAUACAUUUGGCAAAUUUAUAUGCUGGAGGAGUGGACAAGUUGUCCUAUGAGGGUCGAGUAGAAUUUACCGAGUCUCAUUUGGACGAUAUCUUUGAUUCAGCAGACAAACCUCUUGAAGGAAAGCGCUGGUGGUUGAAUGCAGAGGACCCUUUCCAAUGCUUGGCAGCAUGUAUUAAUCUCUCUGAAGCCUUGAGAAGCUCUGCUCCAGAGACGACCAUUUCACACAUGCCCGUCCACCAGGAUGGUUCAUGCAAUGGUUUACAACACUAUGCUGCCCUGGGAAGGGACAAGAUAGGAGCAGCUGCAGUGAAUCUUGUUGCAGGAGACAAACCAGCUGAUGUAUAUUCAGGAAUUGCUGCCCGGGUUCUUGAUAUUAUGAAGAGAGAUGCACAGGAAGAUCCUGCAACAAAUCCUAAUGCUUUACAUGCACGGCUUUUAAUCAAUCAGGUUGACCGGAAGCUAGUGAAGCAGACUGUUAUGACCUCUGUGUACGGUGUUACUUAUAUUGGUGCACGUGACCAGAUCAAGAGAAGGUUGAAGGAGCGAAGUGCUAUUGCAGAUGAAACUCAGCUCUUUAUUGCAGCUUGCUAUGCAGCAAGAACCACCUUGACUGCCUUGGGAGAGAUGUUUCAAGCUGCAAGAAGUAUCAUGGGUUGGCUUGGUGAAUGUGCAAAGGUUAUAGCUUCUGAGAAUCAGCCAGUGUGUUGGGUCACUCCUCUUGGUCUCCCGGUUGUACAACCUUACCGGCAAUUAGGACGGCAUCUUAUCAAAACUUCCCUUCAAGUGUUGACUCUACAACGAGAAACUGACAAGGUCAUGGUUAAGCGGCAGAGAACUGCAUUUCCGCCAAAUUUUGUUCACUCCCUGGAUGGCUCCCAUAUGAUGAUGACUGCUGUUGCUUGUAAAAAGGCAGGCUUGAAUUUUGCAGGGGUCCAUGAUUCAUACUGGACGCAUGCAUGCGACGUUGAUGAAAUGAACAAGAUACUAAGAGAAAAGUUCGUUGAACUCUACGAGGCACCGAUAUUGGAAAAUUUGUUGGAAAGCUUUCAGGAGUCCUUCCCUUCAUUAAACUUUCCAGCAUUACCCGUGCGAGGAGACUUUGAUCUUCGAGAAGUUCUGGAAUCCCCCUAUUUCUUCAACUAGCCUGAUCCAGAUGCAACUAUCUGUUAAUCGAAUCAUAUAUUCUUUGACCAUGGGCAUGAGAUUGUGAAGAGGCAAAGCUCCUUCUGCAACAACCGAAUUAAGGGGUAAGUUCUGAAUUGAAUAUCACAAACAGUAGGCUUGCCAACUACAAUCAUUAUGCUGUUGGUAUUUUUAUACAUAUCAUACAACAAUAAUCAAUUGUCUGGAGAACACCUUCACAUUUUUUGCCUCGUGGUUCGAGUUGUGGCGCUGGUCUUGAAACUAGGCCGAUUGAGUUAAGCUGUAUACAGAAAUGGUUGAGGAAGUGGUCUAAACCAAGAAUGGAAACUUCAAUAGAGCAUCUGGAUCAUCUGUAUUUAUUCUCCCCCCCCCCCCAAAAUUAUUAGAGCAAUAAACAAAAGCAGCAAUGGAAGA